AACUUCAACCUCACACUUUCCCCUCUAUAAUUAAAGAUUUUAACUUAUACACAUUUAUAGUAUAAUUUUUUAUAUGUAUUAUUAAUGUCGAGACCCACACUGGUCGUGGAAUAAGAGAUCUGAUUUUUCUAUAUUGUCUUGAUCAAUUUUUAUUUUAUAAUCAAGUUUUAGUAAUUGAGUUAAGUUUAAAAUUCAUUUGUUUUCACUAUGAUUAAUAUUCAGGGUAGGACUAUCUGAAUUCUUGAUUUACUCAAUAGUUAUUGUAUGCCUAAGGGACUGACGACCAUUGGAUGAAAAUUAUACUAUGUAUAUACAUACAUAUACUAAACCAAAGUAUAGUUGAACACCUUUAUCAAAAUCUCUAACUUCACCAUUAUACUCAAUAUUGACAUUGCCCAUGUAUAGAGAUAAGUUAAAACUCUAUAAAUAUAGAUCCUAUUUCCUUCUACAUGGUCAGCUCAACUAAACUCAACUAGCCUAGCUACACUAAAUCUCAUGGCCACCCUCUCCUCCACCAUCUUCAUCCUCUCCCUUCUCAUUUUAGCCACAUUCACUAGUGCUUGUGGUCCAUGUGAGCCAAAACCAAAGCCUCACCCAACACUGAAGGCACCCCCAGUGAACCCCUUUUGCCCAAGGGACACAUUGAAGCUUGGUGCUUGUGCUGACCUACUUGGCCUUGUAAAUGUUGCAAUUGGUAGCCAAGUGACAACCCCUUGUUGCACAUUGCUUGAAGGUCUAGCUGAUUUGGAAGCUGCUGCUUGCCUUUGCACCGCCAUUAAGGCUAAUGUGCUUGGGAUUGUCAAAUUGGAUAUUCCAGUUGCACUUAGUGCUUUGGUUAGUGCUUGUGCUAAGAAAGUUCCCACUGGUUUCAAGUGUGGUUAAUUAUAUAUAAUUUCAAGAUUUGCUGGCUAAGCUAGCUAGUACACCUCAAGUUUAUUGUUUUAAAAUUUAAAAUGAUGUUUGUCAUGUUGUGAUUUGUUCUUGAUUUGUGUUUGUUUGAUUUGUUAUGAAGGUAGGUUCCUUUUUUUUGUUUUGCUUAUUAAAUUGUUAUUUCUUUUGGUUGUGUGUAAAGUCAUUUGUAACUUGUGCUUAAUAAAGUGUGAAAAAAUCUUCACCUUGUGAAA